AAAACUAAAAAAUAUCUCCUCUAAAAAUAAUUCUUUUAAUUAAAUUUAGACAUAAGAAAUGCGAAAUUUAGUCGUACGAUAGUAGUGAGAUAGUUGAAGGAUAUAAUCCAUACUGAAAAAUGUCAAAAAUAGAAGAUGUUCUAUUGGCGGUUCCUGAAGUUAAACAUAAGAAAAAUGAUGGAACGCUGUAUAUUAUGAAGGAACGGAUUGCAUUCAUUGUAGAGAACAGGGAAACCUGUCUCGCUUCUCACAGUUUCUAUGACAUUAAAAUGCAAAAAAUCUCACCGGAAGGAAAGCCCAAGAUACAACUGCAAGUUGUUCUGCAUGAUGGCAAUAGUUCAACUUUCCAUUUCGUCAAUAGAAAAGGUCAACAACAACAAAUUGCUGAUCGCGAGAAAGUCAAAGAUUUAGUGCAAAAAUUAUUGCCAAACUUCAAAAGAAAAAUUGACUCUGAAUUAGAGGAAAAGAAUCGUGUGUUAACAGAAAAUCCAAAACUAUUACAACUCUACAAAGAUUUGGUUAUUUCUCAGAUUUUAACUUCAGAAGAAUUCUGGAAGAUUCACGGAAAAGAUUUACAAAAUCUAAAAGGCAACACGAACAAGCAGGAAAUUGGUGUGUCGGGUGCUUUUCUGUCAGAAAUAAAACCAGUCACUGAUGGCUGUAAUGGAUUCAAGUAUAACUUAACAGGUGAAAUCAUAGAAUGUAUUUUCAAAGCAUAUCCGGCUGUAAAAAAGAAACAUAUGGAAUGUGUUCCCCUAAAAUUAAGCGAAUCAGAAUUCUGGACGCGAUUUUUUCAAUCACAUUAUUUCCAUCGUGAUCGAAUCACCGCAGGCUUAAAAGACAUUUUUGUAGAGUGCGGGAAAAUGGACGAUAGCACUUUAAGAAAGGAAAUUAGAAGUAACUUGGGUGAUCCUUUCCUUGACUUAGGAAAAUUUGGAGACAAUACAAUUGAAGAAGGUUUCUGCAGUUCCAAUACAAACGACCAGAAAACUGAUAGUGGAGGCGGAAACAUUGUUCAUCAAUCAAUCAUCAAGCGAUUUAAUCAACAUUCUUUCAUGGUACUUAAAACGUGUCAAGAGAAAGCAGUUGAAGUUAUAAACGAUGAUAGUAAUAAAAAUGAUGAGAAAGAAAAGAAAUUAAAUGGAUCAUCAGAAUCUAAAAAGAAAAGAAAAACCAUUGAAGUAAUAGAGGAAGUGCCUCCAACAAUAGAGGAACUUGCUGAGCAACAGUUGAAAAAGAAACAAAAAAUUGUUGAAAAAAUUCAAUAUGAUGAUUUAGGUAAUGAUGAAGUUGAUAGUUCACUUCCAGUUUCAUCAAAUGCUCUCAAUCUCGAACGUCUCGAAAGAUAUUUAUAUGGACCCACACCAUCGUCAUCAACAGUGACAAGUGAAAGAGUUAACAAAGUCCAAGAAUAUUCACCAGACGCUGUUGAUCAUAUGCUUCGUAAUAAUGCUAAAGAUUGGGGACAACGAGUUCCACAUACACAAAUUAUAAAUCCAACUCAGGCAGUUAAUGCACUUGGCGACUUAAGUCCAGGUGGCUUACUUAUGCGAGGCUAUCAAGAUCACAACUUAUCGCAAUUCGUGCCAAUCGAUUUUGAAAAAGAGGUGAACAAUUUAUAUUUAUCAGCAUGUGAAUUACUGAAAGAAUUCUGGUCGUGUUUUCCCCUUACGACACCUGAACUCGAGGCCAAAGCUGUUAAAAUGCAUGACACUCUGCAAAGAUUCAACAUGUCAAAAGUGAAGCCAUUUGAAGACAGAGCUAUGAGAGAGUUGUCACCAUUGGGAACGCAGUUAGUGUCACAUAUUAAUCUUCUUAUUGAAACCUCUUUUAUCAAGUUCAAUAAAUCAAAGAAAAAUCAAACGAUGCCAACAGACGUACCAUCAGAAACUUCUUUUGAUGACUUUCUUUGUAAUCAGGCAAAAACCGAAUAUCGAAUUUUAUUUGAAAUGAAACUUUUGAUGUCAGAGUUCCCGUCGGGUUCUAUUUACAUUCUCCCAAAUAAAAAUCAUUCAUUAUCUUGGGAUGGUGUAAUGUUUGUUCGUAGUGGUCCAUUUAAAAAUGGAAUUUUUCGAUUUACUUUACAUCUGGAAUCAACUUUUCCUAAUCAGAAAUUUCAUCCAACAAUCAAAUUUAUUGAUUCUAUGACUCAUCCUUUAGUCUCUCCUGACACAUUUUUGUUUGAUGCAUCACAUGCUUUUCCAACCUGGAGUGAGAAUGACCACAUUUAUGAAAUUUUAAAGUUCUUGAAGUAUGCAAUCGAGAACGUCGAUUAUUGUUGCACUCAAAUACAAAAUUGUGCGAAUCAGAAAGCAGUUGAUUUAUAUAACAGUGAUAAAUCUAAAUUUCUCGAAAUAUCUCGUGAAACGAUUACACAAAGUAUCAAAUCAGUUUUCAACUCUGAUAAUGACGACGAUAGAAACAAUCACGCAUUCUGGUUUGACAAGAGAAUCAUCGAAGAUGGUCUUCAUGAUCAGAUUAUUGAAAACAUGAAAAACUCUUCAGAUUCUUGUGAAAAUUUAACAUUUUCAUUAGAUAGACGAGGCUAACAAAAGGCUAAAAAUAAAAAGAAAACUCAGCCCUAAAAAUAUUCAUAAUUAAAGCAAUGACAACAUGUGAUUGAUGAAAUUUAUUUAAUAUUAAAGAAAAAUAAAAUAAUUAAACUAUUCUUAAAAAAAUAAGCUUGUAAAUAAUUUGUUAUAAGCAAGAAUUUCCCCAACAUCCACACCAAGGAAUCUUUUUUGACUCGCCAUAAGAUGUAAUGGAAAUUCUCCGUUUUCCUGAUUUCACACUCAAACUUGUUGAUGAUUCUCUUGAUGAUGCAAGACUAUUGCUGUAUCUUUCAGAAACUGAAGUUCCACCUUGAUCAUCACCAUGACCACCAAAACUAUCAGAACGCGAUCUUUUCUUGAAUGAACUUGACGAUCUGUUUGAUUCUCUUCGUUGAACUUUUGCAUUUGGAUCGUGACAAAUCUGUCGAUGAUUUUUAUGUCGUGAUGAAUUCUUGAAUGAUAUUUCGAUUAAUGAAAAUUUAAA